AUGGCUACCGCGCUUUCAGCUACUGCGGCGUCCGUGGACCACCCGCAAGCUGAAAUCGUCCCGAUGGCCGUGUUGGAUGCACCGUCCAUCCACGGCCCCAGCCUCGACUUCCGGCCUCGCAGCAGCCGCGACUGGGGACUCUUCGGAUGA